AUGACUACAAUGAGCACUUCCACCUCACAGCUACAACAACGUUUGCCGGAAGAAAAACCAUGGCCACAGCUGAGUGGCUGUGACGACGCCCAAACCUUCAAAUGUAAAUACGUCACCAACCACAACUCCCUGGGCGAUGGGAAUUUCAGCGUCGUAAAAGAAUGCAUGAACAUACACACAAGAGACUUGUACGCAAUGAAGCUUAUCAAGAAACAAACCGUCAGAAACAAAAUUCAGCUUAUCCAAAGAGAAUUCGACCUAUUGAGGUCGAUAAGCGAAAAAAUCAGAGAUAUGGAAAAGAAAAAUGAGCAUUCUUUGGACAUUUUUGAGGGGCAUCACCACAUUUUACAACUGUUCGACUAUUUUGAAACCGCAGACAACAUUGUGCUGAUCACCCAGCUGUGCCAGAAGGGUGAUCUGUAUGAGAAAAUCGUUGAAAACCAAGCUCUAGACCUCGAAACCCAGGUCAAAUCAUACUGUGCCUGUUUGGUAAGCGUUCUGGAGUUUUUGCAUUCGCAAGGUAUUGUUCACAGAGACUUGAAGGCGGAAAAUGUUCUAUUCAGGUUGAGAGUGAACGAAAACGAAAAAAACUUGCAGGGUGAGCAUCAUGGUGACUUCAAGUACGAUCUUCUAGCGCAUGACCUGGUUCUUGCCGACUUCGGUCUUGCGGCGGAAUUCAACACCACCAAGGUAAACUCGUUGAAGGAGUUUGUCGGAACCAUCUCGUACAUCGCUCCGGAAAUCGUCAAGUGCAAAGGUGUCGGCGAAAUGGCACCUGACCAAGUCAAUAAACUGGACAAAUAUGGCUGUCCGGUGGAUGUAUGGGCCCUCGGUGUACUAACGUACUUCAUGGCCUUUGGCUAUACCCCCUUUGACUGCACCACAGACGACGAAACCCUGGAAUGCAUCUCUAAAUGCGAUUACUACGUCGAUGAGCAGACGAUGCACGACCCCAAAUACGAACAGUUUUGGAAUUUCGUUCAAUGCUGCUUCACUGUCGAUCCAACUAUAAGGCGUUCCGCCACCAAUCUAAAGCACCAUCCUUUCAUUAAGGAUUAUUUUGCCACUUCAAAUUCUUUGCACGUCAAGGAUACACCGACUUUCGCUUUUAACCCAACCAUCAGAAGAGUAUCGUCUACGGCAUCCAUGCACACUUUGAGGUCCCCCUCUAAAUCAAGAAAGACCACCACCCUGGCGUACUUGAAUAUGGAUGGCGACUCUUCAGAAGCUUCCACUGCCUUCAGUAGUAAGAUGGACCUGCCCGACCUUUACGUCGACAGAACCAUUAAUUCUCGUGAAAGGUCACUCAAUAGAAUUAGAGACACUUUAAAGAAAACAUUAUCCAUGACAUCCCUGAAACCUGCAGUCACAUACGAUUUUCUCCAUGCCAGCAAAAAUGGGACGUCAUUGUCAUCGUCAAAAUCUGGCCUCGUGAAAAAAAACUCUACGUUCGUGUUGGACCCCAGACCACCAAAAAAUAGCUUGAUGAACGGUUGUUUCAGUACAACUCCGGAAUCUCGCUCUAACUUCAAUACCCCUAAAAGCCUAUCUAGGCAAAAUUCCUCCACCAGUGUGAAGAAAUAUGUCAAUGAGAUGGACUUGCUUCUGACGCCACGUACAGCUUCGAUGAGCAGCAACGAUACCACAGCUAUUAACGACAACGAUAUCAAUAACGAUAAUAAUUCUGCAAGAAAACAUGCAGCCUCAUUCCAGGUAAAUGUUGAUGAUUCUGAUGGUGAUGAAACCAUGCAGAUAUAG